AUGAAUUAAGAGGACGAUGAAAAAUUUGUAAAUAAUUCCAUAUAUUUAGUUCAUUCAAACUGUUCAAACUCAAUAAAUUGAAAUUGAGAGUCUAAAAAAGUAGAUUAGACUCUAAGAAUUUCAGUCAAAAUAAUAACAUCUAGAAGUAACUCUUAAGACUAUGAAAGUUAAUCAAUUCUCUUGAAUAAUUAAAGAAAAGAAAUGAAGAUUUAGAUAUAGAAUUAAAUAAACAAAUUGAAUCUGCUCAUGAAACUAAAUUGUAGUAGUUUGCCCUAUAAAUGUAAGAAUAAUUGGCAAAAGCUGAAGAAUAAAUACUUCUUUAUUAGGAGAAUGAGGUAAAUCUUAUACUAAAAUCCUUUUUAGAUUAGACUUAUUAAAGAAAUUCAAUAACUCUAAGCCAAGUUGGAAUCUGAUAAGAUUUCUGAUUUGAAACAAUAACUAGUAAAAAUGGAGGAAACAGCUAUUGCUUUAAUUGUUGAAAAAGAAUUUAUUAUAUCUGAAUAAGCCAAAGAAAUUGAAUUGUUGAAAUAAAAUGAAAAAAAUAAUAAUGCAUAAACUGAAAAUAGUUCUCAAAUUCAAAUUUAUGAUAUUUAAGAAUUGGAAAAUAAAAUAUAAGAUUAUUAAUAUAAAUUAGAACAUCAAUAAUAAUUACAUGAAGAAUAAUUGUCAAAUCUAGAAAGGAGUAUCACAAAUAACAUAUUUGAAUCAUUAGAAUUAGAAAUGAAUUAAAAAAAAUUGGUUGAAUAAGAUUUAUUGCAUUAAAUUGGUAUUUUAGAAGAAAAGAACAAAUAUUAUGAAAAAUUAAUAAAUGAAUAAGAAAAAAAACUAAAUAUUUUAAGAGAUGAAAAACAUUAAGAAUAAAUAAUCUAUGAUAAAAAGUUUUAAGAUAUUAGUGAACGAUUAAGAUAUGCAUUAUAAUAACUUAUUAAAAGUGAUAAGAAAUGUGAAGAUGCAUAUAAGUAAUUUUCACAAUUACAAAGAGAAAAAUAAAAUAUGACUAAACAGAAAGAAGAACUUAUUAGAAAAUUAGUUUAUUUGGAAAAUCAAAAUAGAAAACAUACAUAAGCUAUUUAAGAAUAUAAGGAAUUAAUUGAAACUCUUUAAUAAUAAGUUAAUGAAUAAGAUUAAACUAUUUAAGAAUAAAAUGAUCAAUUAUAAAAAUUGGCUAUUCAUUAUGAAUAACAACUUAAAAUUGCUAUUCUAUCUCAUCCAUAAAAACUUGAAUUAAAUGAUCAUGAAAUACCAUCUAAUUAAAAUGCUUUAUUAAGUGAUCUUCUCAAAGAUAGCUAAAUUAGUUAAAAUCAUGAAAAUACACAUAUAGAAGAUCCUAAUCAUUCUAUUUCUUAAACUCCUACUUCUCAUUUAUCAGAUUCUUAUUGCUCUUUUUAAACUAAGAAUAGUUCUAGAAGAAGAGUAGGACCUAAUGGCAAGUAUGAAAAUAUAAAAGAUGCAUUACUUGAUGCUAAACAUACAAUUAAGUAAAAAUUAUUUAUAUUUAAGAAUUUAAAAUUUAGAAAUUUCUAAUCUAGAAUAAACAGUUGAAAUUUUAUAAAAAGAGUUAAAAUCUUAAUUAUUAGAAAUACAUAAUCUAAGAAAAAUGAAAUUAGAUUUUAAAUAAGAAAAAGAAAAUAAAUUAGAAAUAGAAAAAUUAAAAUUAUGUUUAAAUACUAUGGAAACACAUUAUCUAACUACUAAACUGAGUUUAGCUGAAGAAAUUAAUUUCUUAAAAGAUGAACUUAAAAGAGCAGAAUCAGAAGCACUUAAAUCUAAAUUAUAAUUAACAUAAUUAAAUGCUCAAUUCUGCAUUAUGCAAUAAAAAUAUUAAAAAUUAGAUAAAUAACAUUAAUAAAGCUUUACAACUAGACAAAUAACAAAUAUAGAUGAAAAAAGUCCUGUAAAAGGAAGAAAAAGUAUAUUUUCUAUAUUUGGUUGA